AUGGGCUCCUCAAGCCCUACCGUCUUCUCUACGGCCAACGUGCCCGCCGCCCCGGAGGAUCCCCUCUUCGGUCUCGCUCAGGCCUUCCGCCAAGAUCCCUCCGACAAGAAGGUCGAUCUCGUUAUCGGCGCCUAUCGCGAUAACAACGCCAAACCGUGGAUUCUGCCCGUUGUGAAGAAGGCCGACGACCUUGUGCGCAACGACCCCAACCUCAACCAUGAAUACCUUCCCAUCAAGGGAUUGGCCGAUUACACCAGCGCGGCGCAGAAGCUCAUGAUCGGCGCCGACAGCCCCGCCAUUCGCGAGAACCGAGUCUGCACAUUCCAAACCAUCUCCGGCACCGGCGCCGUCCACCUGGGCGCGCUCUUCCUCGCCAAGUUCCACCCCGCGAAGCCCUCCAUCUACCUCUCCAACCCCACCUGGGCCAACCACCACCAGAUCUUCACGAAUGUCGGCCUCUCCCUCGCCAACUACCCCUACUUCUCCGCCAAGACCAAGGGCCUGGACUUCGACGGCAUGCUGGGCGCGCUGCGGUCCGCCCCCACCGGCUCCGUCAUCCUCCUGCACGCCUGCGCGCACAACCCCACGGGCGUCGACCUCACCCAGGACCAGUGGAAGGAGGUCGCCGUCGUGAUGCGCGACCGUCACCACUUCCCCUUCUUCGACUGCGCCUACCAGGGCUUCGCCUCGGGCGACCUCCGCCGCGACGCCUGGGCGGUGAGCUACUUCAUCGAGCAAGGGUUCGAGCUGUGCAUCGCGCAGUCCUUCGCCAAGAACUUUGGUCUGUACGGCCAGCGCACGGGAGCGUUCCACUUCGUGUCCGCGCCCGGUGCCGAGGCCGCGGCCAACAACAGCAACAUCGCCUCCCAGCUGGCCAUCCUCCAGCGGUCGGAGAUCUCGAACCCCCCGGCGUACGGUGCGCGCAUCGCGAGCCGGGUGCUGAACGAUGAGACGCUGUUCGCCGAGUGGGAGGAGGACCUGCGGACGAUGAGUGGGCGGAUCGCGGAGAUGCGCAAGGGACUGCGGGAGAGGCUCGAAGCCAAGGGCACGCCGGGCUCGUGGCAGCACAUCACGGAUCAGAUUGGCAUGUUCAGCUUCACGGGGUUGACGGAGAGCCAAGUUAAGAUCCUGCGCGAGAAGUGGCAUGUUUACAUGACGAAGAACGGCCGCAUCUCGAUGGCGGGACUGAACACGAAUAAUCUGGAUUACUUUGCCGAGGCGGUGGAUAGCGUGGUGCGGGAGACGUCAUAA